GAUAAACACAGAGAACAAGAUCAUAGCAACGCUUAUGUUACCUGCAGUGUUCAGCAUGGGCUUAAAAUGAGCUGGAUCUUAUAAAUGUAAGCCACCUGAUUGUGUUGUGUACUGAUCUGUGGCUCUACCAGUGGACUGAUUUCAUUCCUCUUCUGUUGUUAAUGUUGGUGUAGUGUUGCCAAGCUUUUCCAGUAGCAUGUCUAUUUCAGUGAUUAUUAAGUGGGGCGGACAGGAGUACUCCAUUAGCACUCUGUCUGAGGAGGACACGGUUUUGGAUCUGAAACAGUCCAUUAAAUCUCUCACAGGAGUUCUCCCUGAACGACAGAAGCUCUUGGGGUUGAAAGUGAAAGGUAAACCAGCAGAUGAUGAUGUCAAGCUUGGUGACUUGAAGUUGAAGCCAAAUACCAAAAUAAUGAUGAUGGGCACUAGAGAGGAACGUCUGGAAGAUGUUCUGGCCCCUCCUCCUGAAAACGAUGACGUUGUCAAUGACUUUGACAUCGAAGAGGAAGUGACUGAGGUUGAAAACAGAGAGGAGAAUUUGGCCAAGAUAGCUCGUCGGGUGAAAGAUUACAAAGUUGACGAGUUAAAUCCCCCAAGACCAGGAAAAAAUCUCCUUGUGUUAGAUAUUGACUAUACACUCUUUGAUCACAAGUCAUGUGCAGAGACAGGCCAGGAGCUGAUGCGUCCAUAUUUACAUGAGUUUCUUACAUCAGCUUAUGAGGAUUACGAUAUUGUCAUCUGGUCUGCUACAAGUAUGAAGUGGAUUGAUGCUAAAAUGAAAGAACUUGGGGUGACGGACAACCCAAACUACAAGAUCACCUUCAUGCUGGACAGUGCAGCCAUGAUCACUGUGCACACGCCUAAAAGAGGAGUCGUAGAGGUGAAACCUUUGGGAGUAAUAUGGGGUAAAUACGGUGAGUUCUACAACAGGAAAAACACAAUUAUGUUUGACGAUAUCGGAAGAAACUUCCUCAUGAAUCCACAGAAUGGACUGAAGAUUAGACCUUUCAUGAAGGCUCACUUAAACCGUGAAAAAGACAAAGAACUGUUCAAGUUGUCUCUUUAUCUGAAGGAGAUCGCCAACCUGGACGACUUCUCAGGUCUCAACCACAAGCACUGGGAAAGGUACCUCUCAAAGAAACAGAGUCAAUAACACAUUCAGCAUGUGGGGAAGCAAUGAUCAUUCAUCUAGAACAGAAUUGGUGCUGAAAAACAGCUAUUGGAACACUGAUCAGCUUCUUUUUUUUCGUAUCUUGCAUCGCUCAUUAUAGUGGGUCAUUACUGGAGAAAAAAGAUAUCUCCUCCUUCAAUGAAAAGUAUUCAACAAAUAAUUGCAUCAACUGCAGCUAAAGCAAGCAUGGUGAACCUGUUACCUCACUUCCUGCCUGGCACACUCUACUUCCUCUGUCAACCAUGUUCAGUUGGUUAUAUGGAAUUUGUCCUGUUAUGAUCUGGUUUAAAGAUAAUUUAGAUGUGUAUUAACUUUUUUCAAACUUUUAUUGCAUUUUCGUCAUGGAAAGAAGGACAUAUAGUGACUUUAGGGAUGUAUAACUAAGCGUCACUUGUUUCGUCAUUUAACAACUGAACAUCCUUUCAGUUUUUUUUUACAUACAGUAUAUCAUAGAACUGAUGAUGAGGUUUGAAUGGUACUCCUGACAGUAAGGUGUAAUUGAUCAAUGUUUUCAAUCUGACCGGUUUAACUGGUUAUGUCUUUUUUUAAAGAAGCAAAGAGAUGUAGUUAUUUCAAACAGCACAUAAGAGGUCUAUACUUUGCUGCUUUAUUGCCAGAUUAAAACAUGGCAUAAUCCAAAUGAACUGUAAUGGACAAUUAUGUUUACAUGCAUUCCUUAAAAUGUUAAAGGAAUAGUUCACCCAUAAAUGUCAAUUUUCUCAUCAUUUACUCACCCUCAUGCCACCAUAAACCCACAUGACUUUGUUUCUUCUUCGGAAACACAACGAUUUUUUCGAUGGAGAUAUGAUGUGAAUAUGUCCAUACAAUGCAAGUCAAUGGGUUCUUCUGAAGCGAUAUGAUUAUUUUCAUGUGAAACCAGACCAAAACGGAACUUUUUUUUGUAUUAUAUAUUUUUUACUGUAAACCUUGACAUCUGGAGUCCCCUUGGCGAGAUCAUGGUUUGCAGCUCGAUUACAUUUUCUCACGCUUAAUGCAUGUUACAUUUUGGUUUGUUUCUCAUCCAAAACCGACUGAUCUCUUCAGAAGACAUGGAUUAAACCACUCGAGUCGUAUGGAUUACCUUUAUGCUACCUUUAUGUCCUUGAAAGCUUGAAAGUGUUUGAUGUAUUCACAUCACAUCCCCAUCAAAAUAUCUUUUUUUUUUGUUCUGCAGAAGAAAGAAAGUCUUACAAAUUUGAGAUUGCAUAUAGGUGAGUAAAUGAAUAGAAAAUUUCAUAUUUGGGUGAACUAUUCCUUUAGGAGAAUACUAUGGAUUUAGUGUGAUUUAUUUUCUAUGUUGACUAAAGUUGGCCUAAAUUCAAAUGACUCUAUGGGGAUGCAGAUGUUACAUAAAGAACUUGAUUUUGGCCUCCAGUUAACAAAGUUUUGGUACCUUGUCAUGACAUUGAAGCUUGAAGUUUUAUAUUUUUCCUCCUUCAAAUUUAAAAUUUUGCAAGUUUGUGUAUAGUUACUUUGUCAAUGUAGGAACUGCAUUUCAGCCAGUAUGUUACCUGUUGUAAUUUAAACAAAAUUGUUUUUACAAUAGUUUGUGUGCCAGUUUUACAGACAUCAGCCCUUUACACUCAUGUAACAUAAUAUUGUGCCCCUUCAAUUAAAGUUUUUUGCAGUUGUUAAUGUUU